AUUCCCCCAGCUCUGCUGUGCCCAGCCUGCCCUGCCACCUAAACCUGCAGACCCUCUGUGUGUGUCCUGACCUGGCUGUGCUGGGAAGGGUUUCCCCUGAGGUGCUGUGUCUGUUUCCUCCCCAGGUUGCUGCAGUGACAGACUAUGGGGCGUUUAUAAAGAUCCCAGGCUGCAGGAGACAAGGCCUUGUCCACAGGACCCACAUGUCCUCCUGCCGUGUGGAUAAACCCUCAGAGAUAGUGGAUGUUGGAGACAAAGUCUGGGUGAAGCUUAUUGGGAAAGAGAUGAAGGAUGACAAGCUGAAGCUGUCCCUCUCCAUGAAGGUUGUUAACCAAGGCACAGGAAAAGACCUGGAUCCAAACAAUGUUUCCCUUGAUCAGGAUGAGAGGAGGAAACGCACCUUCCGAGACUCCACCAGCCAGAAGAUCACCCUGGAGGCUGUUUUGAACACAGUGUGCAAGAAGUGUGGCUGCAAAG